AUGUUCUACCUGCAGAGAUCCCAGGGAGCACCAGAAACGUCAGGAAAUCCCCUAGAAUCCCCCAGGAACAAUGUUCGAAUUUUCCUACGUAACAACCCAAAAAGUGACCUAAACGAAGCCCCUCUGGCGGCUGAUAACAUCUUAUCGCCAAAAGUAAUCACUAGUCCAAUCGGCCGUCGAGUUGAUGGUGUUGUAGAACCCAUGCUUGCAAAACGCGUACUGGUUGAAAACUACUACACGGUUACGGACUCUGCUCGAAAUGUGGAACCGACUUACGUCCGCACAAAUAUGCCUGCCACGGAUACGGUAAAUUAA